CUUGUGGACAGUGCAGUUUGUAGUUAAGCACUUUGUUCUUACUACUUUUUGGGAAAGUUCUUCUUAGGUAUGACUUGCAUUCGGGAACCUUUGAUACAGUUGGAAAUCAUGAUGACAUAGCAACAUGUAUUCAAUAUUCUAAUGAAAAGUGUGAGGUGAUAAGUGCUGGUUUAGACAAGAAGUUGAUGUCCUGGGACAUGCGCAGGGCAAACACUCUCAUCUUCUCUAGAAAUCUGGAUGCUGAAGUGGAGUCCAUGUCACUUUCUGGAUUUGAUUUGACAGUAGCUAUUGGAUCAUCAAUAAACAUGUAUGACUUGCGUAACUUAGACAGCCCAGUUCAGUCAGAUGAAUCCUGUUUUGGCGUCCAAAUAAGAUGUGUCUUCUCAGUUCCUUAUUCUACAGUUAUGUCUUCCGAUGUCAUCCAAAGUCAAAGGAUGGAAGAUACUAUCUAGCACCAGUGAAUGACAUUGCCUUCAACCCACUCAUCACUGGAGCUCUUGUUACUGGUGAUAAUGAGGGCUACGUUAUUGCAUGGGAUGGCAAAAACAGAAAAAGAUUAUUUGAGUUGCCUAGGUUCUCCAAGAGCGUAGCAUCUGUAACAUACAACCGUGAUGGAGAUCUUUUGGCUGUUGCAUCAGGCUACACUUACCAAGAAGCCAAUGAAACAGAAGAGCCUCCUCAAAUAUCCGUGCAUAAAAUGGAUGACAGUUAUGAUAGAUCGGUUUCUGCUGGAAAUUCAAGGUAGGGAAUGACUGAACAAGUUGAGUGAUUGUAAUGACCCUCAUUGCCCUUCAGCAGAAGAUCAUGUACAUGAAAGUUUCAUAGUUUGGGGGGGAGGGAGGAUGGGAUAUUUAACAAUUCUCCAAAUUUUUGUAUAAAUUGAAAUUCAUUUCACAGAAUGCAAGAAAUUUUGGUACCCUUUGUAACAAAUAUUGAUUUUCAAACUUUAAAGUGCUCUCCCAAACGGCCUCUUAAGCCACCUCUGCAUAGUUUGGUGUCCUCUUUGAAUAAAGGGCAUGAGUUGUG